CGUUUCUGCUCUGGGUUGUUGCGUUGUUGAUCACUCGGAGCGCGUCUUUCUCUGCCUGGAGAGCGGAUCGCAGUUCGAGGAUCGCGGCCAGGAUGGCGCUGCGCUCUCUGUCGCUCCUGGUGUUGGUGGCGGUCGCCCUGCGGGAGAGCUGCCUCGGUGCCUCCUCGCACUCCCUGAAGUAUUUCCAUUCCUCCAUCUCGGAGCCCAGUCAGGGGCUGCCCCAUUUUGUCUCUCUGGGGUACGUGGAUGAUCAACUCUUCAAUUACUACGACAGCAGCAACCGGAAGUUCCAGCCUCGAGUCCCCUGGAUAGAGAAGGUGAGGAAGGAGGACCCCACGUACUGGGAGAGAGGCACCCAGACAUGUCGUGGCGAAGAGGAGUCAUUCAUAGAUCACCUGGAGAUUCUGAGGACUCUCUACAAUCAUAGCGGCCUUAACACAUUGCAGAAGAUGAUUGUCUGUGAGCUCCGGGGAGACGGGAGCAAAGGAGGGUUUCUGCAGUAUGGCUACGAAGGGAAGACCUUCCUCACCUUUGACAAGGAGACCCUCACCUGGGUGGCUUCUGAACCCCAGGCCCAGAUCAUCCAGAGGAAAUGGGACGCUAUCCCAGGAUAUAAUCAGAGACAUAAGGUCUACCUGGAGGAGGAAUGCAUUGAGUGGAUAAAGAAGUACCUGUCUUAUAGGAAGGAGGCACUGCUGAGGACAGAGCCCCCAGUGGUGACCAUGAGCAGCAGGAAAAAGGAGGUGGAGGAUGGGAUGGAGACGCACGUCUGCCGCCUGCAUGGCUUCUACCCCAGGGAGAUCGAUGCCUCCUGGACGAGGGACGGGGAGGUCUGGCUUCAGGACACCCUCCGUGGUUCCGUGGCCCCCAACGCAGAUGGGACCUUCCACGCCUGGCUCAGCAUCCAGAUCGAUCCCAAAGAGAGGGGCCGCUAUCGCUGCCACGUGGAGCACGACAGCCUGCAGGAGCCUCUGGACGUGGCCCUGGAGGAAUCAAAAUCCAGCCUGGGGAUCAUCAUCGGCUGCGUUGUGGCUGGCCUUGUCCUGCUGGGUGUGAUUGUUGUUGGGAUCUAUGUAUUCUUCAAAAGACGUCAAGAUGACUACAAAAAAGCAGCAACAAGUGAGGAAGGAUCCAGCAGAUCCAGCCAGGGGAGCAACCAGACCGCUUAGCAGCCCCCUGGCAGCACGAUGGACACUCCCAGCCUUAGGAGGGAGGAAAGAAUUGAGGAUCAACCUUCUUCUGGAUUAGACAGGAGGAUCCCUUCAGGGCCUUCCAGCAUUCUGGAAUCAGGAUAUAUUUGGGGUCUUUCAUCACGGCUUUUAUCACAGAAUCAGUAACCUUUCUUUAUUAUGAUUGAGGAAUGGAGGAGAAAAGAAUAUACCGUAUUUUUCUGUGUAUAAGACUCUAUUUUUUUCCUGCAAACACCCUCUUCAGAAACCAGGUGCGUCUUAUACACGGAAAAAUAAUGGUAACCUCCGCAGCCCAGGUCGUGCCUGUGUGGGUUGCCAUGCCGCCUGGUGCAGGUGUAAAGCCCCUGUGGGCUUCCCACUAGUGGGAGGGGGCAAGAUCUUCUGCCGGCCGAACUUGUGGAUUGAUCGGCGUGGAGAGCGUCUUAUACACGGGUACGUCUUAGAGACGGAAAAAGACGGUAUGAUACUAAUUGUGGAAUCAAACGAUUUUAAAUGCUUUUGUAGAUAAUGGGUUUUAAUAAGUAUUUUGUAUAACCCUUCACGGGCUUUUGCUGGUUAAUCUUAAUGGAUUGAGAUUAGAGGUUAGAGAUGAGGUUUCAGAGAUGGGUUUAUAGGGAAUGGGGUGAGGGAGAGGAUGAACAGUUUCUUGGUUUUAUUUUAAGAGAGAUUUAUAAGUUGUUAAUUUUCAUUAUACUUGUUGGGGAUAAAGAUGGGGGUUUCUUUUUCUUUCUUUUUUUCCUUAGUUUUAUAAAUUUAAAUGUUAUCUUCGAGGAAACUAUUAGUAAAAGAAGAAGUGUGCAUUCUGAGAUUUUUGUCACUAAAAUCGUUGAUGCAUUUUUUAAUUGAUUAUUGCACAGUUAAUUGAUCAUAUAUUUGAUCAUUCAAAGUUUGACAGAUAAUCAGUAUAACAAGUGAAACAUUCAGACUGAUUUUUUUUUAUAGAUUGUCAUUUAUGGAUUUUCAUGCUUUAGAAAAAUAGAGCAUGAGAUCCAUUCCACAGCCGGGCUGCUGGCUCCUUUAAUAAUUUGCACUUAUAUUGUAAGUUUGUCAAAGUUGUUUGCUGAAAAUAAAUGGUUUUGUUUUCCUCUUA